UCAGGUCAGAAACCAUGACAACCAGUAAAACAGGUCUGUCCAGAGUGAAGCUGUGGUAUAUAAACUCACAUACAUGUGUGUGUGCACACGAACACACGAACACCCACACACACGGACGAGCAUCGAUCAGGACAGAGACACCGCGAGUGAAGCUGCUGACAUGAAGCUGGGGCUGCUGGUGGUGUUGGCUGUGGCGGUUCUGGUGCCCAGCCUGUCUGAGGCCCGGAUCGUCUCUAAAUGCGAGCUUAAAGAAAAGUUUGAGGAGAUGAUCAUUCUGCCCGAACGGCUGCAAAAAUUCAAGCAAAGGAUCAUUGAGAUAGUUACCUGUCAAGUGUUCUUGAAGUCCCGUCUGAACACUGAGCUGGUCAGGGUGUUUGGCAAACGCAGAACUACGACUACUACAACUACUACAACUACAACAACUACAACAACUACGACACCAACAACCACGACACCAACAACUACAACAACAACUACGACACCAACAACCACGACACCAACAACAACUACAACAACAACUACGACACCAACAACUACGACACCAACAACCACUACACCAACAACCACUACAACAACAACUACGACACCAACAACCACGACACCAACAACAACUACGACACCAACAACCACUACACCAACUACCACGACACCAACAACCACUACACCAACAACCACUACACCAACAACAACUACGACACCAACAACCACUACACCAACUACCACGACACCAACAACCACGACACCAACAACAACUACAACAACCACGACACCAACAACCACUACAACAACCACGACACCAACAACCACUACACCAAGAACUACGACACCAACAACCACGACACCAACAACCACCCGUACAACUCUGGCCAGACGAAAGCGAGAGGCUGAUACGUCCAGCGAGGAGUCGGACAUGACAGAGAUGGAGAGAAGCCUGGAGGAACUGUUGAGUGAGGGAAAGGACGAGUUUGGCGAGGAGGAGCUGGAGCAGGAAGACAGCGGGAUGGACGACGAGGACGAAGAGAGCCAAGAGGAAGGUGGGGAACGUGAGAAGCGACACGUGCCUCGCAGGAAGCCCAAGAGGAGGCAUACAUCCCUCGGCUUUUACGGGGUCUUCCAGCUGUCUGACAAAUACUUCUGCAAUUCUGGUUAUCGCCCGUCCAGAAACGUGUGCCGUACAUCCUGCCAAGCCUUCACCGACGACGACAUCACGGACGACGUUGCAUGCUUUGUGAACUCUGGUUACUGGUGGUUGCUCUUCAAGACGGCUCCUCCUGUGUGUCAUCACGUCCAAAACUUGUUCAGAGGUUGCAAAUGAGCUUCUACCAGAAGACGGUUUCCACCUGCUGGACGCCUACAGCGAAGACCCGUCUGCUCUGAAACGCUUCCCUAUCUCACACACUCUGUGAAACAUUUUGUUUUUUCAUUAAUGAAUCAGUGACAUGACUUGACUGAAGUCAUUUUAGUCUGUCUGUGGUGAAUCCACACCCAAAAUCACCAGAACCUGGACUUAAGACGACAAUGUAUCGCAAUGAUUUGAAUAAUUUCUUGAUCAGUGAUUAUUUCCUACUGAGAAAAAUAAAGAGAAUGAUUCUUGUAUCUUGUGCUGAAAUCUUUCAAUAAACAUCUCUUGCUUUAA